AUGAUGCUUAAUUGUCAAUUCAGUGAUGAAAUUAUCAAAACCUAUGAAGAAAUGAGAAUGGGAAAGGGUUCGAAUAAGGAUAAAAAGUUCCUGGUAUUAAAAAUGCAAGAAAGUUCCCUUCAAAUAGAUCAAGAAUUGACUCAACUCUCUUCAUUGGAUGAAUUGACUGCUAAUCUUCCACCAAAGAAUUCCCGUUUCAUUUGCUAUCAUUUAAGUUUCGAAAUGCCAUCCCAAAACGAAACUUCACUCAGGGAAGGAAUCAGAACGAAAAUGAUGUUUAUCACAUGGUGUCCAAACGACACCAAUGUUAAGGAAAAGUUUCAAGUUGCUGCCACUGUAAAAACAGUUAAACAAAAAUUAAAUGGUUUGAGUGCAACAAUUCACUGUUCAACCAAGAGUGAAAUUGAUGAAAAGUCAAUGAUUGAAAAAUGUUUAACUUUUAUGAAAUGA